AUGCAGCUGUCUAAAGAAUUUGAAAGAAUCAACUAUAAGAGAAAAAGAAUCAAGGUGGUUAGAAGGAGCAAAGGAGAGUCCUUUCUGAAGAACCGCUGUCUCAGUAGUUGUAAGGACAGAAUCAGAGAUGUUAAUCACAGUCUCCACGGAUGGGUCCGCAAGGACCAGCGAGUGGGCGGCGGGGUUCUCCUCUUCUUCCCCCUCGAGCCCCGCCGCGUCUUACUCUUAGAUGAGUGUGACCUUGAUCCAAAAAAGAGGAACUGCUGGAAGGGAAUGACGGUGAACAUAAUUCUGAAGUUGACACAUCUGCCUCCCUUCCCUGAGUACACCCUGGACCUAUGUACCUUUCCUCGUGGAUAUGGUGCCAUGAGGCCUCUGUCCAUGGAGGGUCUGGUGAUCGCAAUGACAAGGGUCACAAAAUACACCCAGGGGGCCAGGUUCCUCUGCAUUAAUGAUGACUGUCCUUGCUCCACAGAUUUUCUCUGCACACCAACAAAAAUUGUUAUUGUUUUAACUAGUGAUCAAGCAGUGCUUGAUGUCUUACCGAUUAUACCUGUAGGAUUCCACCACAUCCGGGUCCAUGCACCCGGGGCCAUUGAGUCAGCUACUGUGAGGAAUGACUUUUUAUGCCUGAUCUGCAGCUCCCCACUCAAAGAGGAUGUCAAGUUCAGAGUGUUGGGAGACAAACAGCUGGUGGAGCUGAUCCAUGUUAAAGCGCUUGAUAUCCUCCGUGCCCAUCAACAAAAAUCACAUAGAUUGCAGUCUGUCACCCUGUUUGUCAGAGAUGAGCUGUGUAGCCUGAUGAGAAUUGGUCGGCUCUACAGGGUGUUGGGCAUUCCUGCACAUGUGCACCAGUGGCCCAAUAUUACCUGGAGUGUAGAGGCAAAUAACAUCCAGCCGUGGCAGCAUGAAUAUCCAUCUGAGGUCAGCAAAAGCUUCCAGGAGCUGUUCAAGGCCUCAGCCUCCUCUCCCUGGAGGUUCUCUGCCAUUGUGGCUAACUGCUUUGGUUUGGACGUGGUUCCUCCAGGCCUGUACAACACCCUGAAACUGGGAUUGCUGCUCAGUUUAGUGCAGACUAGAGCAGAUGCUGAAGAUACUUUUCACAACUUGGAUCUUUUUGUCCUAACCACUGAUACACUCAUUGUAGACAGACUGAUGACGUACAGCUUGAGCUUGUCAUGCCGUGGAGUUAAGCAUAAGGUCUCGGGGGACCUGUUUGCAUGUCUGUCCCGGGAUCAACAUGGAACAGGCACCGCUAACAUCCACGCUGGCUCUGCCCUGCUGGCCACUGGUGGCAUUUGCAUGUUGGGAGAUCUCGGCUGCUAUAAAAGGGACAAGCUGGAUGCCAUUCAAAGUGUUUAUUUCUCUGUAACAAAAUAUUUUUCGAUUCUAGAGAGCCGCACACUGUCCAUGUUCAUCCCAGGAAAGAGAUAUGGUGAGGAUGUUGACCAGCAGCUGUCAUUUCCAGUCCACUGCAGCUUCUGGGCCUUGACAGACUCCACAGAUGUCUCUCCACGAUCUAGCAGGGCGGACUGUGAUAUGCUUGGAACAGCGGAAAUGGGUUCUGGGUCAGUUCAGUUGGGAGAAGCGUUUGGCUUCUUGAUCCAGUGUCAGGAUACGGUGGGACAGCAGUGUCUGCUGUCCCAGGCUGUCCACACCCUUCAUCAGGCAGUACAUCCUAGAAAACCCCUCUACCCAUCCUACAUGGAGUUUACUACUCAAGACUACAUGGAGCUUGUCGCUUAUGCACAGGGGUUACAAGUGGAGAUGAGUCCUGGAGCAGAAAAGAUGAUCCAUGGUUACUACAUGGCGAGCCGCAGGGUCCGAUCACAUCUGAAUCAGGGUGUCAAGAUGUCUGUGGCCAAUGUCAAACUGCUGAUUUCUUUGGCUGAAGCCCACUGCAGACUGUCCCUCAGAUCACAUGUACUAGAGGAGGACGCAGUGAUUGCUGUGCUCCUUUGUGAAAACGCUGUUACUCUACGACACGGAGCAUCUGCUCUCAUUGUUCCACCCGACGCAGUGUUUCCAUGUGACGUGAGCAAAGUGGAUGGUUUGCACAGAAGAGACAUAACUUUGGAUGAGCUCCACCAGAACAUCCUACAUUUUAUCUAUGCCUAUGCACCAGGAGCAGACGCAUACAUUACAGAAGAGUAACACCUCCAAGGUUCAAAACACAGGUAGGAAGCAAAACUGCAAGCACCAUAUGUGAAACAGUAAUAAAUUGUUUUAUUGAUGAAAGUGAGUGAAAAUGUUUUCCCAACAAAUUGUGAAGUUUACUAAUGUGUGGCAAACAAACUUUCAUCACAUAGUUGUCGC